AUGAAUAGGUUUAUUAAACAAAGUAUAUCCACAACCAAAAAAUUCGUUAAUGUAAAUGAUUUUAAAAAUUGGAAUCAACAUAUGAUAAAUACAUUUUAUAAAUAUUGUUUGGAAAAAUUUGUUUUACCAAAAAUGACUUUAACAAAUAAUCAACAACAAUUAGAAGUAACUGGUUCAAAACAAAGUGUCGAAGAAACAGAAGAAAAAUAUAAAUUAAUGUCAGAAAUAUUAAAACAAAAAUCAGAAAUAUUACCAGUUAAUCGAAAACCACAACCACCGACAACACCAAGAACUUCCAACGAAAGACCACGACCAAAACCAGGCAUUAGUAGUAAUAAUAAUUUGUCAAUUUAUUCUUAUAAUAUUAUGUUAAGUUAUAGUCCACAAGAUCAGAAUGUAUGUCAGUAUCUUAUUGAUCGUCUUCUUAGUGAAAAUUAUUUAGUUUGUCAAACAUCAUCAUCGUUCAAAUCUCAUAUUGAUAAAUCGGAUUUAAUUUUAAUUUAUUUUAAUGAAGAUUAUUCAAAUAAUGUUAAUUGUAUGGCAGAAAUGAACUAUGCAAAAUUAUUAAAAAAAAUAAUUAUACCCAUCGUAGGAAAGAAAAACACUGCUAAUCAUCUUGAAAAACAGACGUGGCUUGAUUCAAUGACAACUAUAGAUUUAUAUUAUGAUUUAUUCGAUAGUGAAAUUACAUUCGAAUUAAAUGAUAAUUUUGAUUUGGAUUAUGAUAAAUUAUUAAUUGAAUUGUUGCAUCAUACAAAACCUGGUAUAGUUGGACAAGCAUAUCCUCCAACACCAUCUACAGCAUCAAGCAAAACAAAUACGAACAAAGAACAAAACCCUCAAAAUAAUGAAAAUUCAUCUGCUGUAUUACAAGUAACAGCCGAACAACGACGUGAGCGGGAAACAAUUUAUAAAAAAGAAUGGACAAGAAUAAUGGAAACGCAAACAAUUCCAGAAGAUGAGUUGAAAUUAUUAGUUGAUGGUUUAGAAUUAGUGAAAAUGAACGUAAUUUAUGAUGAUGCUGACGUUUCUGAUUACAAUUGGCUGGAAUAUAAUUCACCGGAAGUAAAAAUAUUAAGAAAACGUUUUGUCGAUGAAUUAGUUUUAUGUAUAGAACGUUGGUUGAAAAAAUUACCAUAUGUAACAAAACGCAAUAUAGCACCAUUUACCGUAACAGGAGAUAUUAACGAUGCACAAUUUCCGAUGCCUAUGCAAAAUAAAGAUCCUUGGUGGGUUGGACAAGUUACCGAAUGUUUUGAUACAUCAUCAGCCGAAGAUUAUUAUCGUGCACGGCAACUAUACACUGGUUCAUGGUUUACACCUGAUGAAGCACAAGACUAUUUUGAAAAAUUUAUUGCUGAAGAUAGAAGAUUACAAAUGACCACAGAAAUAUCAAAAAGUCAAUUUCAUAAAGUUAGUUGGGCAAUUAUUUCAGAAGGUGAAAUAGGCACUGAAACAAAAACAAUAAAAGAAAUAAAACAACGAAAUGAAUUAGACGAUCCUAACAAAAUCUGGCCAUUAGAUCCAGAUGAUGAAGAAUUCGUUCUGGUAAGAAAACGAAAAGUUCUAAAAGCAUUCAUUGAACAAAAGAAACAAAACACAAUUAAAUUACAAGAAUUAUGUGUACAUAAUCAAAAAAAGAUAAAAGUAAACUAA